GAACAUUCAUGCUAAUCGCCCUCACUGUCGUCACCGAGUAUGCACUUUUGCCAACAACUGCGUAUGAAGAUGAAAAAUUGCGUUGCAUUACGAAAAACUAAGGAGGAGAUUGCUAGUGUCUUCGCUCUCAGCCAAAGAGAAGUCAGUGUUACGUCGGCUGCUUCUGAAGAAAGACACUACGGACGGGUGAGACCCAAGAUGGAGACGACGGUUAAGUGGCUGUGGAAAAAGACCGCAACGGAGUCAUUUUACGAGCCUUUCGCCACCUGUUACGAGCUCACCCUUGUCACACGGAAACCCCUACUUGAGGAGCAGUUCCGUUGUGCUCUCUCUCAUUUCUAUAGGUACUUCCAAAUGACAAUUCGGACGAGGACAUACACUCCAAACUACAGUGUUACGACUUCAAUAAGGAGACAGGGCCUUUGUGGUGCGUGAAGCUAAGACCAGAACCAGACUCGUCACCAGAUGGCGUGUUCAGGGAAGGCGUCCAGGGAUUUCCUCACAUGUAUUCGAUGUACCUGGGCAUUAAUCACGCAAUCACUGACGGCACUUCGAACUCCACCAUUUGCGGCUUCAUCGUCCAGCUCCUCGACGAUGUUUUGGCUGGGAAAGAAAUCAAUGAUGAGGAACAGCUCGGGAUUUACCUAUCGGACGAAAAGACGCAAAGGGCUCUGCGCGAACAAGAGGCUCUCGUGAACAGCGAUCCCGAACUACAGAGUAAAUUAACAAAAGAGUAUCAGAGUCUCCUAGGACGGCACUCACUUGUCAAGACACUCUUUAAGGAAGUUGGAGAGGAAAAGGCAAGGACAUUAUAUUUGACGCGGGAUUUAGAUGAGAAGGAUAGUGCUGCCCUUUUCAAGCGGUGUCGUGCGGAGGGCAUCACGGUCAAUUCUGCGUUUACAGCCAUUGGCAACUUCGCGAUGGCAGAUCUCCUGGUGAAGGGCGGCCUCGAGCAGGACACGUACAACAUUCGCUGUGAGCACGUCGUCAACGGCCGCCGCUACUGGAAGUGCGAUACUUCUAAGUACCUUGGCUGUCAUAUCACGCCGCUGUUGACUACGGUUUUCGAAACACCGCGAAACUUCAACGACGCAGACUUUUGGAAUUACGCAAAGCCCAUUAACGAGGAACUCCAGAGGAAAAUCAAAAGUGCGACAGUACUCCAGAUGGAGAGAAUAAAAACACUUGUUCCGAAGCCUUCCGAUCUCGACCCCACUUUCGAAUUCGAGUACUGCAUCACCAACAUGGGAGACUUGACGAAAAAUGUGACAGAGGGCGGCGACCACGUACAGGUAGUGCAUGUUAACAGGACUGCAUCUUUGGACAAUGUCCCUUUUAUAUGGGGGAAUUUUAUACACAGCUUCCGAGGUCGUUUCAUAAACACUCUCGUGUACAAUACUUUGUAUGUUGAUGCAGAUAUGGCUGAAUUCUUUUUCGAGAAGUCAUUCGACUAUCUCCAUGCAUCAUUAAAACUGUAAAGCUAACUUGAUUCAUCAAACACAUUUAGUGAGAGAAAUCACUAGAUUUUAAAAAUAACUUUUCCUUCAAAAGACGCUGGAGAAAUAUUUCGGUGUUCCUUGUUUGAAAAACUAGCUUCGCAGUAAUACUAUGUUAACCCUCAGGCUUUGCAUUUGAUUAUGUAUAAUAAUAAUUAAGAUAUCAAAGUAUUUAGUUAUUAUUCCUAAGGGACAAAUAAAUAUAAAUAGGAUAAAAAAGGUGAAAGUAUUAUGGAGUAGAGACCUAUUGCAUGUGUAUUUUCAGAUGCUCAACUGCGUGUAUGACAAAUUGCAUUUUAAAAUUUGAUGUAUUUACUUUUUAAAACAUGUAUGCUAUCAGUUUUAUGAGCUACAUUUAUGCCACUUUAUUGAAUAAAUAACAGUUUUAU